GUUGAGCAAGGGCGAUAGCCAGCCGCGUUAUCACAGCACACCUCCGAUAACGCCAACACGGCAACACACGCAGCGUUAUCAUCCCUGCCACGGUAUGGUACGGCAGCUGAUGACAGUAUUAAUGUGGUUACCAGCCAAGAUUUCUCCUCAGUGGAAGGUCAGGCUCUGGGUGGCAGGCAGAAGGAGGGAGAGAGGAGAGAGGAACACAACUGGGGAAGUUUUGAGAUUUUUUUGGACGCAACUGACGUUAAACAGAGGCCCCCACAAAUAGUAUGGAGAUGACCUCAGCCACUCGCUUCAGACCGGAAAAUUCGGCCUCAUCUCCAACACCAGAUCUCCAUCAUGCCGUGACCUCGGAUGACCCCUUUCGCGACCUGGAAAGGAAGAAGGUCGUGAUCCUGGGGAGCGGGGACAUGAGUCUGGCCUUGUCCCUGGCCAUGAGGAGAGCGGGGAUGCAGCCCGUGGUGGGGAGCAGGACGCCGGAGAGUGCGAGGAUUCGCCUAAGAUCAACGGGGGUGCAGGUGAAGACCCUGGCGGAGGCGCUGAAGGAGGGAGAGGUGGUCCUAGUGGCCAUCCCUGCGGAACACCACGACUCUCUCCCUCGACACCUGCUCGCCGGGAAGAUCGUGGUCGACGUCAGCAACAGACCCCCUGGCAGCUCCCGACAGCCCGAGAGCGUAGCGGAGCGCCUGCAGGAGUGCCUUCCGGAGAGCCACGUCGUCAAGGCCUUCAACACGCUGUCCGCCUUCGCCCUCCAGCAGGGGGACGUCAGGGGCAGCAAGGAGGUCCCUAUUAGCAGCGACAACGACCGAGCCAUCCGCCUUGUGUCUGACCUCGUGCGAAAUAUGGGUUUACACCCCGUAGACUUCGGCGCGCUGAGGACGGCUCGUGAAAUCGAAGAAAUCCCGUUUUCUUUCUUCCGGGAAUGGAAAGUGGCCGGUUCGGUGGCCGUUCUCGUUUUCUUUUUGUUCUAUCUGCUUUUGUUCAUGAGGAGACAAAUAUGCCCGAAUCUGGACAGUACGGACUGGAAUUGGAAUCGAUUCCAGACAUUCCCGUUAAAGAAUGGAAUGCUGGCCUUCGCUCUUUCGGGAACCGCCAUGUUGCUGCUCUGCUAUGUGCCAGGCACCAUAGCGGGUUACCUGCAGCUGUACAGAGGCACUAAGUACUCCGCCUUUCCCAGCUGGCUCGAUAGAUGGCUUAAGUCUCGGAAACAGAUGGGCUUGCUGGCGCUCCUCAUGGGAUCCAUGCACGGUUGUAUGGCUGUCUUCACUCAAAUGGACGAAGGAAUGGCUGAACCCGCUCUUUGGUCUCAGCAGCUCUUCCUUGCUCUCGGCAUAGUCCUACUAGGAGUCCUGGCAGUGCUAGGCAUCUCCUCGCUUCCCUCAGUCACCGCAGGACUCACCUGGAGGGAAUUCAGCUUCCUACAGCGUUAUUUAGGAUGGCUUUCGGUCCUCCUCGUCACCGGUCACGCCUUCUUCAAGGGAUACAAGAAGUUGUUGGUACCGCGUUUCGAGUGCGCUGUUCUGCCGUCCGAAACACAGAUUAUCGUCUUCCUGUGCUUCCUCACCAUUCUGCUCAAAGUGCCUCUCCUCAUACCCUGUGUCCACUCGCGUCUCAUGAAGGUCCGCCGGGGGUACGAGAGGAUGCCCAACGGGUCGCCGGCUUAAUGGGGCUGUAACAUAGAGCCUCCUAACCUAACCUAACCUAACCUAGCCCUGUUGUGUGGCAUGGUAUCCUUUGAAGAAAGGGAAGGGUUAAGAAGGCCUUGUUAUCUUGUCUCUUGUUGAAUUGUGUGUGUUGUAUAAGCUCAGCAGUCUAACUAGAGAGAGUUAACUGUGGAAUCAUAGUUUUUUUUACGUGAUAUGGAACAGUCUGACUGUAGAAAGUUAACUGUAAUCUCAAAAUGAUAUCUGGCGUUUUCUAUGGCAUGAAGCAGUCUGACUGUAGAGUUAACUGUAUGUGUGACGUAAGAUUUUAAGCACUUUAAUGUUUUGUACGUGAUAUGAUACAGUCUGACUGUAGAGAGUUAACUGUAAGUGAAAUCAUAAUCAUGAUCUGUGAUAGCAGUGUAACUGUAGAUAGUUAACUGCAACUUCGAAAGCAUUUUCCAUAUAAUCUCAUAGGCCAGUCUCACUACAGGAAGUGAACUGUAAUCUGAAUUCUUUAUAUAACUUGUGCAGUCUAACUACACGUAUUAACUGCACACAAUGUAAAAUAGGGAUCUCUUAUUAGCAGUUGAGUUUGUGCAACAGCUAACUGCUCGUACAAAGUAGUUUAAGGUUUGAACCGUAUGCAUGUUGACAAAUGUAGAAAAGGUAUGAAGGAGAAUGAAUAUCUUCACAAUACAAGAGACUGUAUUUGACCGGUUUCGAUUAUAUAUCUUCUUCAGAAAUAAAUGUAUUUCGAAACAGUUCAAAUACAUCUCUUGUAUUGUGAAGAUAUUCAUUCUCAUUCAUACAUUUUGUACACACAGUCUAAGGUUUAUUUGGUAUUGUACAGAAGAAAAAUAUGGCCUUUAUAUGUUUUUUUAUGUGUAUGAUAUAAAGAGGUUGCUUUAUCAACAGCAUAUGAACUAUAUAUACAUGAUAAAAAAAUAUCCUUUAACUUAACAUAUUAUAAAUUCUUGUUUGUGUCAAGUAAUAUAAAUAUACAGUUUAUAUGCGUACAUCUUAUGAAACGCUCAAACAUUAUCCGCAUAACGAAAAAACAGUACUUAUUGCAGUUAUAUAAUAUUGUUUAAGUUAAAUUUUUAUGUCAAGUUUAUUUCAUUUAAGAAAUUGAAACAUGUUACUGUACUGUACACACGUAUUAUAAUACACUUUUGCACAGCAGAUA